ACUUAGAGUUAGAGCCUCUGCAUUUCAGCGGCAACGCAAGUGAAGCCCACUGCUUUACCAUGUUUUUAUUCGCUUACGAUUACCAGCUGUCGCUGUGUCACUUUUUGUGGAAUAGCCAAAGCCAAACGGAUAUUUUGGCAACGCCCGCCAGCAUUCCUCACUAGCGCUAGACCUAGAUAUCCUCCGUUUGUUUGCACGACACGAAGAUUUUCACUAGCGUCACUAAGUCCUUACAUCAUAUGAUUAAAGAAAAAUAAGGAAGUAAAUAAAGAACAAGUAGUAGAUUUUUCGCAUUUCUUCCCGAAAACAUGGUUGGCGCUUUGCCUCUUCCGGUUGUGCAGCGCGUUCCGGAUUGGAAUGUGGACCUACUGGAACAGAUUCCGGAUCCGCAGCUGCGAAGCCAGCCCCGGAAGUACGUUUUGAACAGCGACGUGAGAAACAUCAAACAGGCACCGACACUUCCCGAGAAAAUAAAAGACAUGAAGCAGGAUACCGUGCUGGACGGGUUGCAUUUCGUGCAGGUAAGAAUUGAGCGUGGGGAGAUAUUUCUCGAAAAUUCUUGCAAGUAGUCAUGCUCAGGGUAUUUCUUUGAUGUGAUUCAUGGUGACCAAUCAUUCCUUUUUUUGUUUUGUCAAUCCUCCAUCACUCGAAGUCGAACUAGGACGGAAUUACAGAUAAUAAAGCACGUCCCACGAUGACGAUGAACACAAGAUCAUUCGUUCUUACAUACAGCUCCAGAAACUGACUAACCUUGCGCACCCAAUAUAUACUUGCGCCGGCGGUGAGGGCUAUUUCAAGACUUUUAGCACAUGGUGCCUUCAUCUGGUCGACGCCCGCGGCCAGAACAUUCAGGCGGUCGAGUUUGAAUCGCUGAAAUCGCUUGGCAUCACGUUUGAAAAGGCGCUUCCGGGGACGAAAUUACUAAUUGGACCAAGGGUAUUUUUCGUGUUUGCACGGCAAAGUGUUUUUAUACGUAAGUAUCAGUAUCUGCAUCAGCACCUUCGUGUGUGACGGCGAAGGCCGCGAGCACCCUCUUGAAUAAAAAUAUUCUGCAAGAGUACGACUCCCGUAUUAUGCAUGGAUAUCGAUUCUCAGGAUGUUUCUUUGUUUUGGAAUUUUUGCAUUGUGCUGCCUCUGUUCUGUUGCGCCCUCAUAUAAGUAAUUCAACAUCUUCCUAUCAGAUCCACAUCCGGGGCGGGUACCUGUUCCUGACCAAGAAAAAUGUGAAGUUUCUCGGAGGCGAGGUGGAGCGGAUGCUGGAACAGCAUCAGAACUUCCUCAACGCGCCGCCAAAAGUAGUAUGGCUCGCAAACUUGCCCGCUUCGCAGAAAAAAGGUAUGUGUUUUUAUUGUGACUUGCUGAUUUUUCCUUGGUUUUGAGUAUUUCUUCUAUUUCCUCCAAGCAAUACUAAUACACGAAGAUGCGCGCCGCUGAAGGAUAUUAUGAUGUAUGGACAUCCUCUCUAGUACCUUUCAUCUGAGCGUCAAAAUGAAACCCAUUCCUACAAAACGAAAUACACAGAACUAACUCGACUGGACGCGGACGACAAGCCGCCCGAGUUCGUUCCCUUCAUCACGAACGGCAAGGUGUCCCGGGUCAUCACGGAAGUUCCUGUGGACGCUAUUACAAGGAAAAAUGCCCCCACCCCCGAACUUGGGAGCAUUUGUAUUGCAAACCUUUCCAAAUGACACAUUCGCCCUCUUGCAUCUAUCAGCAUAACAGGUUUCCAAUCGACGUGAAUAGCAAAAAUUUGUAUUGCAAAAGACACAAGCAAGAGCGGCGCUUGUCAUGCAAGCGAUGCGAUACACGCCUAGACUCUACAUCAGAAAGAUUCCUACUCCUUUCAUGCAUGACAGAAAGUUUUCAUUUGGAAAAUUCGCAUCACGAACUUUUGCAACUUUGGGGGUGGGGGCAUUUUUCGCUUUAAUAGACGCCCAGGAUAUGGACGUGGAGGACGAGGACGACGACUGGGUGGCCGAGGACGAAAACUACUGGCAGGAAGAUAAGCCGCGCAAAAACGUCCCCACCCCAGAGUCAAGAUGGGGAUCGCGCAACACAAGUCGAAAAGUUUUGGGAAUCACGCAUGACAAGUUCCUCUCGGUAUUGUAGUGCAGUUUAGCAAGUGCAGCCGCAUCACAAAGCUAUCUACCCAUCCUGUUUACAGCAUUACAAAGUCGAACUCCAAAACGCGACUGGAAGUGGAAAUGCCACUCAUGGGGAUGCGCAUUACAAAUCUUUCUGUGAUUGCAAAUCUGCAUGACAGCUAUGGUGUGGGGACGUUUUUGCUCAGGAUAGAAGAGGAGGAAGAAAACUACGAGCACUUCAACUACCAAGCGGUAAACCAGCAACACCAAAGGGGAGGCGGAGGCCACGGACAACAUCAAAAUUAUGAUCAGUACAGCUACAACGAGCACGGUAAUGGGAAAGCCGGCGCUGCUGGCAACAAGCACAGUAAAGACAAAAAUGACCACCACUACGGUGGUUCUUACGGCACUAAGAAUUACGACUACAACGACAAGAACAAUCGAGGAGGCAACUACAAUAACUCAAGUAGCUCUUACGACAAAAAUUACGACAAGGACAACAACUAUGGUGAUGGAAAAUACAACAGCAAAAGUAGCAAGCAGAAUGGCGGUUCGGGUUCGUCCUACAACAAAAACUACAACAACGACAAGAGCUCCUAUAAUAACAAUAAGAAUCAGGAGCAGCCUGGAGGUGGAAAAUACGGGAAACAUAACCAGUACGACAACAACUACAACGACCAGAACACUUACGGGUCUGGUGGCGGAAAGAGCGGCCCAUCCUCCGGGGCGGGUGGAAGCAAGACUGACGGCAACGACUUCAAAGGCGGUAAGAAGCAGCCCGACAACAAAGGUGGGAAUGACUACUACGACCAGAAUCUGAAUCAACAACAACAGCAGCCGAUGCGUGGGCCAUCGUACAACAGCCAGUAUGCUCCUGAACAGCAGCAACAGAGACCACCACCGCAGCAGAUGUACAACAAUCAGGACAUCAAUCAGCCACAAUACAACACCCAGCAGCAUCUCCCAAAUAUGCAGCAUCAGCAGCAGCUUGGACCCCCGCCUGGUGGAUACAACCAGCACCCAAAUCCCGCCCCACCACAGCAGAUGCAGAAUAACUUUCAUCAGCAAGGCCCAGGCGUCCCUCCCGGUGGAGGAGGGCACAUAGACUCGCUCAAUCGUAUGAACUACGGAAAUUACAACAACAUGAAUCAGCAAUUACAGCCGCCCCCACAACAGCAGCCCCCUGUCGUGCCACAGCAGCAGUAUGGUCAAAACCCCAACUUUAUCCCACCCCCGCGACAAGACAUGAAUUUUCAACAACAGCAAAAUUUCCAACAGCCGCACAAUAACAUGCCUCCGCCGGCAGGAAAGGGGAAUCACAUGAUGUAUGGGAAAAAGUUUUAGACCCGAGGUCUCGCUGUUCUUUAUUGCAGAAGCGUGCUUGUUCUUUCGGAGCAUGCAUUUCAUCCUGUUCCGAUUUUGCAAUAGAGCGCGGUAGAAGAGUACUGUGGUAGUGGAACAACUUAAGUAUGCGGGUGCGCGUAAUUUUUCGUCAUGGUUAUGAUUAGGUAGUAUCUUAUGAGGAGAACUUUCGAAGAAAGAUAAAGCUUUGAAAUACUGCUAUCUAAGUUGAUAAGAAGCUGUCGCUGGAGCUGAAUGACGCAUACUAGCAACAGCUUGG